UUCGCGUUUGUGCAGUGAAAAAUAGUGCAAUUUUGUGGAAAAUUUCUCAUUUUGCGUGGAAAAAGUUGUGUAAAAAAUCAUGCUCUGAUUUUCCAUUGAUAUUGGUGUAAAAAUUUCCGUGCAAUUUGGGAGAAAAAUGUGUGUUUGGGUGAAAAUUGUUGCGUCGUGAUGCGCUUUUGCCUCGAAAGAGCCAUUGAGAGGAAAAGAAAACUACGAGGUGAUAUUAGUUGGUGAAAACGAUUGAAAAAUCAAUCGAAAAGACCCGAUAACGUCGCCCAAUUGACCCAUUCGUGCGUGAAAUGGUGAUUUUAAUGGAUAAAGUAUGCGGAUGUGUGUGAAAAAGUGGAAAUAGUGUGACUCGUGAGGUGGGAAGUGUUGUGUUAUGCGGCAGCUGCUUCUGCGAACACUUUUCACGAGCGACGCCGCCAUAGCAGAAAGCACCUCACUGUGAAAGCCUCUCCCACUCCACCAGAUGAUCUGUGGACAUUUAAGCAAUAUUGAGAACUUUGAAAGAUCAGUGGUUUAGUGUUUGAAGGAGCGCGCGCCCCAUCAAAUUGGAGAGGAUUCCAUUGCAUCAUGCAACAAGGAUCUGACUCUGUUGCAGCCUCAAACAAUUUUACGAGUGGUGUAACAAAAAUGGAGACAUCGAAGGAUCCCCCAUCACGAGCUGAACCCCAAUUGGAACCUGUCAAUGGAAUUGUACAGCCACCAGUUGUACCGCCACCCGAUCGUCCGGGUCGCAAGACCAAUCAGCUGCAAUUCCUCCUUAAGACGGUGAUAAUGGCCGUAUGGAAGCAUCGGCACUCCUGGCCAUUUCUACAACCCGUAGACGCCAAGAAUCUCAAUCUUCCUGACUAUCACAAAAUUAUAAAACAGCCAAUGGACUUGGGGACAAUUAAAAAGCGCCUCGAGAAUAAUUACUACACAUCGUCAAAGGAAUGUAUUCAGGAUUUCAAUACAAUGUUCUCCAAUUGCUAUGUGUACAAUCAGCCAGAUGAAGAUGUUGUGCUGAUGGCACAAAUUUUGGAGAAAUUAUUCUAUAACAAAUUGGCCAAGAUGCCCAAGGAAGAGAUUGAGAUUGAGACGGCAUCGAAGAAAAGUGGUAAGAAGAAGGCUAGACCAAUUGGUCCACCAGGAACACUCAUUGGUCCAGCUAGAGGACGUCCCAAUGCCACGCCAUCUUCCACACCAAGCACCAUGAUGGGCAGCACUGUGACAUCUACUGGCGGAGUGCCACCCAAUUCCACGGCACCCUCAGCGGCCGGACUGCCCUUGGUGCCACCAAUUGGGAUUCCCGGAAGCACAAAUACCACCACAACGGCCACAACAGCUGCUCCAGCAGUUGGCGGGGCAAUGUCUUCUGGUCUGACUUUGCCGGCUACGGCGAGUCAACAGACGCCCUCAUCGAUGAUAAGUACAUCGACGGCCACUUCAGGUGGCGGCCAGCAGCCCACGGCUGCGGCCCCGCCGCCCUAUCAUGUGAAUCUGAACAGUUCGCAACAGACGCUGCUGGACUCGGUGAUGCCGCCACAGCCGCUGGCCAAAGUGAAAAAGGGUGUGAAAAGGAAGGCGGACACCACCACACCCACCACCGCCACUACCUUCGACUCCCAUUACACCCCUGGCAGUGGCAAUGAGUCCAAGAAGAUCGCCACGAGGCGAGGGAGCGGUCGCCAGUCGACACCGUACCCCAAGUCACCAAUGACAACGGCCGCAGGUGGCCAUGCGUCCGCUGGUGUUGGAUCCGGAGGUGCUGGUGCACCCAAGAACAAAGAAAAACUAUCUGAUGCCCUCAAGUCGUGCAAUGAGAUCCUCAAGGAAUUGUUCAGUGAGAAGCAUAUUAGGUACGCGUGGCCAUUUUAUAAGCCAGUGGAUGCUGAUCUUCUGGGUCUCUAUGACUACCAUGACAUCAUUAAGAAGCCAAUGGAUCUGGGUACGGUGAAACUGAAGAUGGACAAUAGGGAAUAUAAGACAGCCCAGGAAUUUGCUGCUGAUGUUCGGCUCAUCUUUACCAAUUGCUACAAAUACAAUCCCAAGGAUCACGAUGUUGUGGUAAUGGGUAGAAAAUUGCAGGAUGUCUUUGAGAUGCGCUAUGCCAAUAUACCCGAUGAACCCGUGACAAAUGUGGGUGCCAGUGGGACGGGUGCAGCCUAUGGGGGUACUGGUGGUAAACCGAGCUCCUCGAGUGAUGAGUCAAGUGACACAGAUAUGGAAUCCAAUUCGGAUGAGGAGAGGAGUGCCAGGCUGAAGGUGUUGCAAUCAAAACUGGUGGAUUUGCAGGAGGAGAUGAGGAAAUUGGUGGAGGAGUCUACCAAUAAAAAGAAGGCCAAGAAGAAACUCAAAGAGAAAAAGAAAGCUGCCCCAACGCCUGGAGCGCCAACUGCAACUGCAGGUCAUUCGAGUGUAGGAAAACAAAUUAGUCAAGCUGGUCCAAAUGCCCAUACGAUGGCAAUGCAGGUGCCACUGAGUGCAAAUGCCAAGGCGACAAAAGUGAAGGGACAGAGGGCACCUAAGUCCAGCACUGUGGUCAAUUCGGCCCAGUCAACCAAGAAGGUGAAGGCUGCCAGUGGCAGUGGAGGUGGUGGAGUCCGUGGACCUGGCAAGAAGAAACAGAUUACGACGCACAAUUUUGAUUCAGAGGAGGAGGAUACCGCAAAACCAAUGUCAUAUGAUGAGAAGAGACAGCUAUCGUUGGACAUUAACAAAUUACCUGGAGACAAACUCGGAAGAGUUGUACAUAUAAUACAAAGCAGAGAACCAUCCCUUCGUGACUCAAAUCCUGACGAGAUUGAGAUUGACUUUGAGACCCUGAAGCCGUCAACGCUGCGUGAAUUGGAAAACUAUGUGGCGUCAUGUCUUCGCAAAAAAACUCGUAAGCCUUACUAUAAGAAGAUGUCGGGAAAAUCAAAAGAUGAGCAAAUGGCGGAGAAGAAGCAGGAAUUGGAAAAGCGACUUCAGGAUGUUACUGGACAAUUGGGAACAUCUAAAAAAGCAACGAAAAAAGAUGAUGCGUCAAAAGUGGAUGUCGUUCCAUCGGGACGACUAUCUUCGAGCAGUAGUUCUACCGAUUCAUCAUCAUCCAGUUCGAGUGACACAAGUAGUAGUGAUUCCAGCGAUAGUGAAGCAGGCACGGAAAAAGCGUCACCAACGAAAAAACGUGUCAAAAAGGAUGAACUUCCAUCAAACAAUAAUGUUUCGAUGCCCCAGAAUACAAUAGCCACAACCCUCCCGGUCACAACUCAAAGUCACUUUAAUGGCAUUAUUCAAACUCCAAUGCAGCCGACGCCUCCUCAGCCGGUGUCUCAGGCGCCAGCAUCAGUGGCGCCUCCACCGACGCUCAUCAACACCAAUGGAAGCAUGAAGCAGCAUCCAAUGGUGAUUUUGGGUGGAUCAGCACCUCCUCCUGCUCCAGUCGCCUCACAGGCUUCAGCUGGUGUUAAGCAGGAGCACACUGUGCCACCACCCAUGCAGACGACGCCCAUGAAUAUGAUGCAGCAGCCCAUGAGGGCAGGUCCGGGUCAGAUGCCACCCACAAGCCUCGAGCACCAGCAAAUGCCUAAGGGAGCUGGUGUUGUUCCGGUGAGUGGGAUGGGUAAUGGUGGUGGAACGUAUGGAGUAAAGCCACCCGCCAGUACGGCCGCUAUGCAUGGUGGUGCCAUGGCGGGCGGAUUUGUGGAUCCGCUGGAGCAGAGUCUGGCCAGCCUGGAGCAGAACCUCAAGUCAGAGAUGGGCAAUCACCACCAUAUUGAUCUGAUGGAGAUGGCAGCAUCUAGUAUCAUUCCAAAGAGCGAGACGACGGCAUCACAGCCAGCCGCCGCCGCCCUCGCACACCACCCAUCACUGUUGCAACACCUCAAUAUGGAAGCCAUCCAUCAUCAGCUGCAGCAGACAAUGGCUCAUGCAGCUGCUGGACCCAAUGGCUUUGUCCUUGAUCCAGCUGCAGCAUCCCUCAAUGGAAUGGGUGUAAUGCAAAUGCAACCGCCGCAGCAAGCACCGACUGGCGGCCAUGUUCCACCUAAUCCCAUGGUGUCUAUCUUCGAUCCAGCCAUGGCGGCGGGGCAUCAGCUCAGCAGGCAAGGGGGCGGCGGCGGCGGAAAUGCACCGAAUAUCUCCAGUCAGCAAUCGACACAGCAAACGGCUCAGCAGCUGCCGCAGUCACAACAGCAACUUCCCCAAACACCAACUAAUACUCCUGCGAAGCGUGAGGAUAAAUUCCUUCUGACACCGAAGCCAAUUGAGGAUCUUCUAAUGCCGCCGGUACAUGAGAAGAACAAGGCGGCAGCAGCUGAGGCCAAAGGUAACUUUGCACAGGCGAUCAAGCCAUCGCAUGAGCAAAACCUGAAGAAUGCCAGUUCAUGGUCAUCCCUGGCAUCAGCGGGAUCCCCACAGAAUGUCCAGACGCCUCAGGCAAAACCCAAACCCUCCAUGGAUAGCUUCCAGCAGUUUAGGAAUAAGGCCAAGGAGAAGAUGGAUAGGCAAAAAUUGCUGGAACAACAAGAAUUGAAGAGGAGUCAGAAGGAGGCGGCUGAGAAGGAACUGAAGCGACAGCAGGAGCAAAAACAGAAGAACCACGAUGAACAUGAUGCUCCAAGAAAAAGUGGAGCUGAACCACUUCCAGCGCGUGUGGAUGAGAUCAAAGAGUCACCACAGAGAAGCGGAUCUCCGGGAAUGGCCGCUAGUGCAGCCAGUCAGGAUCGGGCAGCGGCCAAAAGGGCUGAACUGCGACGAAUGGAACAAGAGAGGAGAAGACGAGAAGCGAUGGCUGGCCAAAUCGAUAUGAAUAUGCAGAGCAAUCUGAUGGCGGCUUUCGAGGAGAGUCUCUAAGGGCGGGUGAAAAACCGCGCUGGCAGACGCUCGAGAACGAACCACCGGAGGAAAGUGCGCUGGAAGGAGUCAAUGAUGAGAGAGAGAAAAGGAGCCCAGUGUCCUCCUCGCGACAAGGAUAUACACAAUAAUUGACAACACACGAGAGACAUUAACACACUUACCGUGUAGAGUAUUAUGUUUUUUUUUUAAGUUGCAAAUGGCGCGGAGUUUCUUCAACUUUUUUUUAUUGUUCUUUUCGGGGAGAAUGGCAAGACAUCCCCUCGAGAUGAGUGGUGUUUGAGUUGUUUUUGUUUUUUUCAAGAGGGGAGCUGAGAAAUUUGAUGAGAAAAACAUUUACAUAUUAAAAUGCUCACGAAUAGAGAAGUGAGAUGAAAAAUAUGUGGAAAAAAUAUGUUGUGAUAUCUCUCCCGCCCAUUUCCAUUUUUUUUCAUUCAUUUCUUAAUUUAUUAUUAUUUUUUUUUUGCAAAAAGAAAAUCAACACGUGAAAUGUGCAGAGAGAGCCUAUAAAUUUCUUUUUUUUUAGUGAGAGAAAUCAAGCGUUGGCUGAGGCGGGUUAUUAAGUUUGGUCUUAAGGGUUUUUGAUGGGGAAAUUGUAAAAUGUACGAAAAAAAUACAUUUUAAAAUAUUACUAAAAAAAAAUAUAGUUUACUUUCUUAAGUGUGUAAAUAGUGAGCGGGUGGAAUUAAUAUAACAAAACACGUAUUUAAAUGAAGAAAAACAGAACCUCCUUUAGAAUCUUUUCAGGUGAAGAAAAAAAAACAGAACUCUGAAGUUUCUCUGUAAGUAUAUCUUUGUGUUUCUUUUCUUUUGGUUUUAUUUCUAUGACUAAAAAAAAAUGCCCAAAAUAUUUGAGAAAAUAAUAUUGUGGAAAAAUAUUUAAAUGAAAAGAAGUUCUAAGGAGGACAUAAAUACCACUAAAAUAAUAAUUAUGAAAAAGUGAACAUUUUAAAUAGCUGUUAGAUUAGUGAGGCAAAAACAAUUCAGCAUAAAUUCGUAUAGUUAAAUGAUACAGAAAUGGAGGAUUUUGAAAAAAAAAAGAAAGAGAGAGAAAAAAUCCUAGAAAGUAAUGAUUUUUGUAUUCUAAUUUAAAAGAAAAAAAAAACAAGAAAAGGAAAAAUUAGCAGAUGAAAAAAAGGGGAAUAGUUUGUGGGAAAAUAAAAAGUGAAAUAUAUACAUAUUUAAUAAAUAAAGUAAAAGAAAAAAAAAGAUUAGUGAUUGAAGUGUAGAACUUACAAUUAACAACUGAAUAUUCAAUGUAAAAAUAUGAAUUAACAAAAGCAAAAAAACAAGUGUAAUAAUUAAUAAAAGGGUGUUUUACUUUAAAAGGAAAGAAAAAGAGAAAAAAAAGUAUAAAACAAAACAUUUUGUUAGGAUUAGACAAGAAAAAAAAUAUAAAGAAGAAUAUAUUAGAAAUAUUACGUUGUAAGUAGUUUUGAAAAUUAGAAAAUUACAAUCACUAAAUAUUCUUCUAAUUAAAGAAUGAAGAAGAAGAAAAAAAAGUGCAGAAAUCAGCAAAAAAUUGUGAAUAUUUUGUUUAGUUCGUUUCACAUCUUUAUACAAAUCGUCUUAUUCGUUUUUUCGCGUCUUUUUUGGUUUUAUUUCUUUUUUUUUUUUUGGAUACAUUUCUUAACAGCAGAACUUCUAUACCUAACUAUAUUUGAGAAAAGAAAAUAAAAAAAAAACGUAAAAAAUAAAUAAAAUAGACACUUAAUCAUGAUAGAUGUUAAGUCACUGAAGAGACAAGAAAAACGCAUGCAUUAGUGUGGCUAAGAAACCUAUUCAUACACAUUUUACGUAUCUUCUUUUAAUGCGAAAAAGAUUAAAAAAAAAAAAAGAAAAACUGAUAAAUCGGAGAUUUGAACUAAUCA